AUGAACCAUUCCGACACAUUGAAUCUUUUCACCCGAAUCGACCAGUGGAAGAACGAUGUGAUCAACCAGACAUCUUUCCAGCAAGAGCAGGGCACGUCGUACAAGCAGAGCAUUACAAGCCGAUUGCGUGUCAAGCAUCGAAUGAACCUGCGCUCAUCAGCCAAGCGUCAAGGCCUCCAAGAAAUCUCCGCCAACGUCCGUCUCCCUGAACAUCUCUACCGUCCUUCAGCAGACCAGCAAGAGGAACCGCCCACGAAAAGGGCUCGAAGGAUGGCGCCCCCAAAGAAAAAGACCAUGGAUGGACGUGCACAGGAGACAUCGGGAAGCGGUGGAGGAAAGCAGCAGGCGCAAAAUGUACACGCGGUGGGACAAGAUGCUCAGUCAUCUCUGGGCAACGAGGAAGGUGGCAUAAGCCGUACGCGCAGCCUUCGCUCUGGGCAGAAGAAACCAGUUUCAUAUGCAGAGGGUGAUGCGCAGGCGAUGAACGAGGAGGAGGAUGAAGCAUACGAAGCCGGAUACAAAGGCCCAAUCUCACUGAGCGCAGCCACCAGUGCUCGCGGCCUAGCUCAUCGACACCCUCCGUCAAUCGUCCCAGUCGAGUCUUUCGCCCCACCUACUAGCACAUCGUCGAGGCAGCCUUCUCCCAAGAGAAACACAGGCCAAGAUUGGUCCAAGCGAUUCAAAUUGGGGCAUUUGACCAUGACCCACCUUAAGAGGGCAGAUCCGCCAGUAUUCAUACGCGACAUGACGCAGUUGAGGCAGGAAGGUGGCAUUCCAAAGGCAGUGCAGAAUCUGUAUGGAAAACUCAGUGCUGUGCGCAGGAAUGCUAUACCUCGUGAAUUGAAGGACGACUAUGCACAAGUUGCGGAUAGCCCUCGAAAGAGCCGACCAGCGCCUGAAGCUCACGAAUACUCCGCUACGGGAGUUCCAUUUCCAGUCACGCAUGGCAAGCUGCUCAACUUCAGGGAGAGAGUAGACGCUAUACUUGAAGAAGCGCGGUGGAACGAUGCUGUGUCAGCUCAUGAACGGCAAUGGGGGAGUACGGUGUCGGCCUUUCUUAGAGAAUUUACAUUCUUCGAUUACGAGUAUGCUUGGAAGUUGGUAAAUGUCGAAAAUUGCGCCAUCAAUCCAAACCAAGUUCGUCCUACUAUCAACGACGGCACCAAAAAGGAACUCAUCAAUGAGCUCAAUGAAGACGGCGCCGCUUCCGAGACGCCAUCCGAGCGCGAGGAUCGUGCCCUCUCGAAAAUGAUCGAUUGGUGCCUCACAUUGUCCCUGCAACCAGCAGAAAGCGCUGAGCUAGAGUCGCUCUUCAGUACUCUCUCCCAUUAUGAAUGCAGCGUGAAUCAAACAACGUCAUAUCUCCAAGAAUGCCCAAUCUUUACAGACGUCGAAAUGAAGAAAGCAAACAUGCCAGAUCCGAGGAUUCAGCUUGCCGUCUGGGCAUCUGCCGGAUUGAAAAAACGACGAUGCCACGGAUAUCAGAUCAUGCUUGGCCCUAUCGAUCUCGGCUCCACCGGUUCGCGUCGUGGUAUAUGGGAGCUCGCGCACAAGAUGCAUCUCCUGAUCGAAUGGGGGACCACGGAAUACAAGGCAUGGUUUGAUAAGAACGUGCUUAAGAAAAAGGUGAAUGAAGGUGAAGAAGGCUGCUGA